AUGGCCAAGCAGAAUUAUCAAUCACUAACUGAAGUGGUAAAACAAGUUGCAGAGCAGCAGCAUUUACAGUCAUCAGAAAUAGAAAAAAACAAAGCAGUUCUUUUCCAAUUACAGGCUAAGUUUCAGGAACUAGAAAAAGAAAUGAAUUCUAUCCUGUUAGAAACAAAAACAACAGAAAGGGAAAUAUAUCUGCAAGACGAUGCCAUAGAAGUGACAAAGUAUCACUGCGAAAACCUGGAGGCCCAAGUCAGAGCCCUAUAUUCUGAAAAUAUGAAGCUGCGGUUUGAUGCAGAAACAAUACACGAAGAGUAUGAGAUGACAUUUGCAAGAAAUAGCGAAUAUCGGGAAAAAAUAAAGGCUCAUAAAAAUCUCUUUUGGGAGAUGGAAAGUAAAAUGCCAGUUAUGAUUGAGCUUGCUAAAAAGAAAGCCAUCGUUACAGAGCUGAGGACAAAGAAAGAGCAGUUAAUGCGUGAUCUCAAGAAUCCAGAAGGCUCUGUUAUAAAACAAGUGCAGGAAGAAAUUACACUUUUAAAAAAGGAGAUCACAUCAGUGAAAGAGUUCAUCAAUAAAAAAACAGAUUUGCUGGAAGAAGAAAAAAAAAUGCAUGCUAAGCUUAGAAAAGAAAUUGAGGUACAGAAUAAAAGAUACGAUGCUAUUCUAAAGCGUUUGCAUUGCCAACUGAACAAACUCCAUUCAAAUAAAAGACAAUGGCAUUGGAACAUUCAGCAGAUGGAGAAAAAGGCAGCAGAACUAAGAAAGUGUCUCAGAGUAGUGGAGUUGUAG